AUGUCAAGAAACGUUACUGAUAUAUCUCAUCAUUGUCAACACAAUUUACUAUCAACAUCAAACACCCUUACAGGACAAGAUUGUUAUAAGACACGAAUAACUUCAGUGAAAAGUAAUAUUGAAUGGGAAAACUUCCUAAAGAAAUUGAACUUCCAAGAUCUAACCAAAGAUGAACUUGAAGCGGCUUCAAGUAUUCCAAUGAUGGAAAAAGAAGAUAUUGAGUUGAUAUUAGAACAUAUGACAUUGCAUUGCAAUUUUAAAGAAGAUAAAAACACACAAUGCUCAUCUAAAAAAUAUGGAAGUUAUUUCAAUGACGCUUUCUAUAGGCUCAUGCAAGACAGAGCAUCAUAUAAAAAUUUACAAGACAUCUGUCGUAAACAUGAAGCAAAAAGAGGUGCUGAUAUUUAUCGGACGAUGAUGGAGCACAGUCAACGUGUUGAUAAAACUAAUUCAUAUUUUACAAACAAGGGUUUAUCACAGGAUGAAGCUAAAGCAGCAUCAUUAGCUAUAUCUUUUUAUACUGGUACGAUGAGUGGAGUUGCUGAUCAAGGAAGGGACAGUAGAAAAAAGAUUGAAUAUCGUAGUAAGAGAAUAUUAAUCGAUAAAAAAGAAGAAGAAGAAUCAGUUGAAACUCUUGUCAUAUGCAAUUAUCUACUAAGAGGAAUUUCGAAAAUAUCAUAUUAUCGAGGUUAUGUAUCACGAUCUUGUCGUCUGACCGAUGAAGAACUGAAAUUUUAUAUAGCAGGUUCUGUAAUUAUAUGGAGUCAAUUUAAUGGUACAUUUCAAGGCAAAGCAAUUCGUAAUGAUUUUGAUUUUUCUAGUCGAAACACAUAUUUUAGAAUCUAUUCAUUAACUGGUCGUCCAAUUAAAACGUUUUCAAAUUUUGAAGAUGAAGAUGAAAUAUUGUUUUUACCUGAUUCUACAUUUCUCGUCUUAAAACAUGUGGUUUCUCAUCAUGGAUCACAGCAUACAAUUUAUAUGCGACAAGUAGAAUUAGGUUUAUCAACGUCGUCUAUCUUAUGGGUUGAUGAUCACAUAUUUCAAGACAAUUGGGAUAGUAUAGGAUACAUGAUCUAUGCCGAAGCAAAAGAUGUGACAAAAAACAUACGUUUCAUACAAAAAUCAGACACUAAUAAUGCACUCUCAUUUCUUCGAUCACCAUUUGGACAACGUCUGAAAAAUCAACAUACAUUUCGCAUUGUUAGUGAUAUGUAUCGCGCUAAUGAACAAUCGGCUCGAAAUGCAGGUGCACGUUUCAUUAAAAGUGUGAGAAUGCUUGGAUUCAACAAUGAAUGCAUGUUGUUUGUAGUUGAUCAACACAAUGCUGAACAACUCAUCAAUGCCGAAUUAACUCCUGGGGAACGUCAACAUGUACAUAUAACUACUAACGAACAUGACUUAAAAAAGUUCAUUGCAUUUGAUAGUCGUUCUUAA